AACCCUAGCAUUUCUUAGGGACGUCGGGCUUUUUCUCUCUCUCUCUCUCUUGCUGGGAGCGGCCAUGGCGGUGCCUCUGUUGAGCAAGAAGAUCAUAAAGAAAAGGGUCAAGAAGUUCAAGAGGCCGCAGAGCGACCGCAAAAUCUCCGUCAAGCCAAAUUGGCGAAGGCCCAAGGGUAUUGAUUCGCGUGUGAGAAGAAAAUUCAAAGGAUGCACUCUCAUGCCAAACAUUGGUUAUGGAUCUAACAAGAAGACAAGGCAUUAUCUUCCUAACGGCUUUAAGAAAUUUGUCGUGCACAAUCCCAGCGACCUGGAUCUACUGAUGAUGCAUAACAGGACUUUCUGUGCGGAGAUUGCCCACAAUGUUUCUACAUUGAAGCGGAAAGCCAUUGUGGAGAGAGCUGCUCAACUUGAUGUCGUUGUGACCAACAAACUUGCUAGGUUACGUAGCCAGGAAGACGAGUGAACAAGUAGUUUUUCUCUCUGAACUCUCUUUAGUUUUUGCUUAGGCAUGAACCCUUAAAUUUUUGUUGUUUAAUAUUUCUUUAUUUUGAGAUUAUGGUGGUGGCUGCUGCAGAAAAAUUGUACUUAGGAAGUUGGAAAUGUUUUUGCAUGCACGACAGCCUAAAUUGGUUACUUAUAUACAGAGUGGAGUGGUUCUGUGUUUGACAUCCAUUGUCUCAAGAGGCCAAUGUUCUACUGUUUCUGUUGUGUUCUAAGCCGCUGCAAAACGUUUUGCUGAUGAGAAUAGUACAUGGCAUUGUUUUGAAUA